CUUCAUCACUACCACAAAAUAAUCACAGAUUGAUUUGACCACGGUAAUCAGAGCGCCAACCUAAACCCACACUAAAACCAUGGCUAUAGCCACCGCCGUCUCUCUCGGCUCGCGCCGCAACCGCGCCGCCUCUCUAUCUACUCCUCCGCCUAAACCUAACUUUUGUGUCUCGGCAUCUGCCGUGAGCAUCGGAACUUCAGAGACAAUCUCCCCGACUUCUUUCCUCGACCAGAGAGAAUCGGGGAUUCUUCAUUUCGUCGAGUAUCAAGGCCUUGGGAAUGACUUGAUACUGGUUGAUAAUCGGAACUCGACAGAAUCAAGGAUCACAACGGAACAAGUGAUGAAGCUGUGUGAUAGGAACUUCGGUAUGGGUGCUGAUGGAGUGAUUUUCGCAAUGCCAGGCGUCAACCGUACCGGUUAUACUAUGAGGAUAUUCAAUUCUGAUGGUGGCGAGCCUGAGAUGUGUGGCAAUGGAAUGCGGUGCUUUGCAAGAUUCAUUGCUGAGCUUGAGAAUUUAAAGGGAAGACAUAGGUACCAUCGGCCCCCUUUCUCUUUAACUGUUAUGGUGGCAUGAUGCACUAGGCAGCCCCAUGCUGCCCGCCUUGACCUGGGCGGCAGGGCAAGACUGCCCUACCCCUUAUUUUGGGGCUUUCUCUUAAAAUAAUAAUAAAUAAAUUAAACCAUAUUGU